GUUGUAAACGUCAACAAAUGAAAGUUUGAGUGGAAAUACGAUUUUCAAUUUUCCCGUAAUCGUCGCAAUCGGGACCCUUUUUCACCGUGAAAACCCGUAAAAUGACUUAGUUGUAGACAUUACUCCGAGUUACAAUCUUCCGUGCAGCAGCAUCUUCUCAAGAAAAAAGUGAAAAACGUAAUUUUUUUUGCGAAAGUGUAGUCGUGGUCAAAUCAUUCCGUCGUCGUCGUAGCGAACGCGAGAGAGAGAUGUUGUGAUGAACAAAAAAAGUCCAUUUAUUGUAGUGUGAAUGCCAUUAAUCAAUUCAAGUAAGAAAGAAAGAGAGAGCGAGAUAGAAAGUAGAACAUUCAAGUGAAAUUCCUUCUAAACACACAAAAAAAACGAAAAAAAAAAGAAUCUAAUGAGUUAAAAAUUAAGAAAAUUGUGAUGACAGAUAGUAGAAGUUUUAGAAGGAUGUUUCGUGGAAGAUUACGUACAAGUACCUGCAGAAUCAUUGUGCUCACGUCGCUAGUAUGGUUGUUGAUAGAUGUUAUUUUAAUUAUGAAUUACACAGACUGCAUUGGCUCAAACUCGUUUUUAUGCAAAAAGUCUGGCGAGUACGACGUUGAGUUACCGAAAGCCGCCCACCAAGUACAAGACAACAGUAUCGAUGACGAUUCACUCGUCAAUGAAGAGGAAAUUGACACAAAUAAUUCCAUGGAUGAUCAUUCAGACAUUCAUGUGUCACAAACAUACAAGCCCUCAACGUUGAAAAAGUGGCGCGUUGUUCCGCCGGUGCAGGAAAAUUAUGGAAAACCAGGAGAACAUGGAAAACCCGUUCGAAUUCCCCCAAGCCAGCAAGCCUUGAUGAAGGAAAAAUUCAAGGAAAAUCAAUUCAAUUUACUCGCAAGUGACAUGAUCAUGUUGAACAGAUCUCUGGCAGACGUGCGACACGAAGCUUGUAAAAGUAAACACUAUGCCAGCAAACUUCCGGAUACGUCGAUUGUGAUAGUGUUCCACAAUGAAGCUUGGACGACGUUACUUAGAACUAUUUGGAGCGUCAUAAAUCGGUCGCCGCGACCCCUACUCAAGGAAAUCAUCUUGGUGGACGAUGCCAGCGAACGAGACCAUUUGGGCAAACAACUUGAAGAUUACGUAGCAACGUUGCCCGUUAAGACGUUCGUUUUGAGGACUGGAAAGCGAUCUGGUCUCAUCAGAGCUCGUUUAUUGGGAGCAGCUCAUGUUAAAGGUCAAGUGAUAACAUUUUUGGAUGCUCAUUGUGAAUGUACAGAAGGAUGGCUUGAGCCCCUUUUGGCUAGAAUCGUAUUAGAUCGAAAGACUGUUGUGUGUCCCAUUAUUGACGUAAUUUCCGACGAAACCUUCGAGUAUGUUACUGCUUCCGAUCAAACGUGGGGCGGUUUUAACUGGAAAUUGAACUUCCGAUGGUACCGAGUUCCAACGAGAGAGAUGCAACGCAGAAAUAAUGACAGAACGGAGCCUUUGAGAACACCUACGAUGGCUGGUGGACUCUUCUCCAUUGACAGAGAUUACUUCUACGAAAUUGGAUCUUAUGACGAAGGAAUGGAUAUUUGGGGAGGAGAAAAUUUGGAAAUGUCAUUUAGAAUCUGGCAAUGCGGCGGUGUGUUGGAAAUUAUUCCAUGCUCACACGUGGGUCACGUUUUCCGCGACAAAUCCCCCUACAGUUUCCCGGGAGGCGUCGCCAAUAUAGUAUUAAAAAAUGCUGCUCGCGUAGCAGAGGUUUGGUUGGACGAGUGGAAGGAGUUUUAUUAUGCAAUUAGUCCAGGUGCUCGUAAGGCAUCCGCUGGGGAUGUUAGUGCAAGACGCAAUUUGCGUGAACGUCUGAAGUGCAAGAGCUUCCGUUGGUACUUGGAAAAUAUCUAUCCAGAGAGUCAGAUGCCGCUUGAUUAUUACUAUUUGGGAGAAAUCCGCAACGUUGAGUCCCAAAACUGCUUAGACACGAUGGGUCGCAAGUCCAGCGAAAAGAUCGGAAGCAGUUACUGCCAUGGAUUGGGUGGCAAUCAAGUGUUUGCAUACACGAAACGACAACAAAUCAUGUCAGAUGACAAUUGUUUGGAUGCAUCUAAUGCAAUGGGUCCCGUUAAUUUAGUCAGAUGUCAUGGCAUGGGUGGCAAUCAAGAAUGGAUAUAUGACAUGGAAGAUAAGACGAUUAAACAUGUCAACUCGGGCAAUUGUCUAACGCGUCCCACGAGAGAAGACCCUUCGACGCCUCUCUUGCGUCCAUGCAACUACUCAAAGGGACAACAAUGGCUCAUGCAAUCGAUGUUUAAGUGGCAGGCAAAUCAUCAUAGUAGAUAGUAUAACACAAAUUAGCACAAGAAAACCUUAGCACAUAUUUUAGUCAGACUAUAAAUCAUAUCAUUAGUAAAGAUUUUUUUAAGCAACUUUCCGCACCUUUUGCACUUUUCGCAUUGAAAAAUGAAACAAAAACGAAACUAAAUUGAAAUUAUUCGUUCGUUGGUUGUAAAACUGUCUUGCUUUUUCCUUAUCAACUCGACUUCUAACGCCAAAUCCGUACUUAAUUUUUUUUUCGUUAGUUCCUCUCAAUGAGAUUCAUUAUUUUUUUAUUCGCUCUACAUUUACACUCUACGCCAAGUAGAAUCUCUAGUUAAUGUUCCAAUUCAAUCUUCCAAUUUUUACAUUUAGAAUUAAUAAAGCGUAAGAUAAAUAUAUAAAAAACUGCAACACUCCUAACAUAAGCAUAAGUUAAUAAGGAAUUUGAAGCAUAAGGAAUUUUAAAUAAACACAGAAAAAAAUAUUUGUAAAAAAAUUUCAGACAGUUCGUUAAAAUCAAUUGAGGAAAACGUGAUGUACAUAUAUUGAAAAAUAAAGUAAAAAUU